UAAAUAAAUUUUACGAGAGACUGAACUUGUUGGUAGAUCCAUGAGCUUAGGAGCAAAAUGAGAAGUGCUGGUAUGCCCUGGCCUGGUGAUCAAGGUGAAGAGAGGUGGAAUCUUGCUUGGCAAGCGAUAAAAAAGGUUUGGGCUUCAAAGUGGAAUGAAAGAGCAUUUAUUAGUUGCAGGAAAGCUAAUUUACAUCAUAACAACCUUUGCAUGGCUGUACUGAUUCAAGAAAUUAUCUGUGGGGAUUAUGCUUUUGUUAUUCACACAAAGAAUCCCUUAUCAGGGGAUAACUCGGAGAUAUAUACAGAGAUUGUGAAAGGCUUGGGAGAGACUUUGGUGGGUGCCUAUCCUGGUCGAGCUAUGAGCUUCAUUACCAAAAAGAACAAUCUAAAAUCUCCUUUUGUUACUGGUUAUCCAAGCAAGCUUAUCGGGUUAUACAGCAGGCCAUCAAUUAUAUUCAGAUCAGACUCAAAUGGUGAGGAUCUUGAAAAAUAUGCAGGCGCUGGGCUUUAUGACAGUGUAGCAAUGGAUGAACAGGAGAGAGUGGUGUUGGACUACGCCCGUGACCGACUGAUAGUUGAUAAAGCUUUCCAACUCUUACUCUUUUCAAGAAUUGCCGAGGCAGGGAAAAUCAUAGAAAACCUUUAUAGUUGUGCCCAGGACAUUGAAGGAGUGGUAAAAGAUGGAGUAAUAUAUGUAGUCCAGGCAAGGCCACAAAUCUAGAAUAAGCAAGGACAUGGUGUCCAUUUCGGAACACCUCGGUUCAUUGGCACUAGGAAGUUGAAGGGUAAGCUUGUGCAGGCAAAACUUUGUGCUAACUGGGCGAGGCUUGGAGCUCAAACUAGAGGGGCCGCCAAUAACUUAUGUUGUAUAACCUACUUUAAGCUUUUAUGAAUAAGGUUUAUUUUGGAAA